CCUGCACCUCAGCCUUUUGCUUUGUUUACCAUCUCCCUGAUGAAAGGUUCUGGAGGACUGAAAAGCUUGCAUACUAUUUUGUGUCCUUUGAGUUAGUCUAAUAAAGGUAUAUGCAUUUUGGGAAGUUUCAUGUGUCCUAGAAAAGCAAUAAGGGACAGAGUGCUGAUCAUGCUUAGCUCCACACUAGUGCUAGUGCACUCAGUGGAAAUAUUGUAUAUUUGGAUGUCACUGUUCAGAAAGAAUGUUGAAGAAUUGGGAUGGUAGAAAAUCUGAAGGAGGGGCUAGAGGAAUUUGAUACAUUGAUUCAAAGCUAAAGCAGAGGUCCCAAACAUGUUUGGAUUGGUGUACACAUUUUGAUUUUUGAGAAAGGGUAAUGGGCAUUGUCAGAAAAUGGCUGCCUGAGUGUGUGGCUUGCCCGUCUUAAAGUGCCUGCCAUUCUGGACAUGGCUUCCCACAAACACUUCUGCAGAAGACAGACUGGUGAGACUAAAAGUAACUUUUCCAAGAACUUAAUUAUCAGGCAAAGGUAGAAUACUUUUUUCAACCCAAAUAAAGAUGGAACUGGAGCCCUUAACUUUGCAUCAUGCUAGUCUCCCAUUUAAAAGAUAAAUAAUUAAGGAGCAUCUUAAUAAAAAACCUUAAAAGUCAGGAGGGCCAGGGAGCUUGCCAGGCACAAGUGUUCACAGGCACUGUGUUAGAGACCUUUGGUUAAAGAAUUGCACAUUCAAAACAUUCUAUUAUUUAAAACAAUGUCUGUAAGGGAGAGCCAUUGCUGCUUUUGCUUCACUGGGUAUAGUAAAUGUUUUGAACUAAGUUAGAAGACUGUGUGAAAUCUGAAAUGCUGUAGAAAAUUGGGUAAAGGGAAGUUUCGGAAAGAGCAUGCAAAACCUGUAUUUUCAGUUUGAUAGUCAGUCCAAAGAAAUUGAACUGUAACUUUUGUCAGUUACUGUUUUCCUAACCAUAAUUUCAACAACCUUGUUGCCCUUUUUUCCAACUUACAUUGUACCUUUGUAGGAACUCAUAUUUGCCACCUCUGUAGCAAACUCAUAUUUGCACAUGACUUUCUGUGUUUACAAACAAAUUUUAAAAGCAAGCUAAUAGAAGUAUGAUGCAUGAAUGUUUAACAUGUGGUUGUGAAUAUUGGAUUUUAUAACUCUCAGUACUUUAGAGCAAAGAGCAAACAUGAUAAUUGAUUUUUGGAAAGCAAAUUGACUUAUUGCUGGGUUCAGGCGGUAUGAUUAGGAUAAAACUCUUAAACAACUGAAGAAACAAAUUGAUUUUGCCCUGCUCUUCAUCUUAGUGUGUAGCUCUUAACCUCCUGGCAAGUACUAUUGAAUUCUGUCAUUGAGUGUUGUAGCUUAAAUCCUACUGCAUUUUCUGAAGAAUCAAAAUUUGUGACAAUAGCAGCUCAUGAUGAUAAGCGUUAGAAAUAGCUCUAAAAGGAGUACUGGUAAUUUAUAUAGGUAUUUCUAACAUGCUUACUGUCCAGAUAAGCCUCCAAUCUUUCUUACUGUCUCUCUCGUUGAUAUUUGCACAUUCUACUUAAUUGAUCAUGUGGUACUGGCCAUGGCAGUUUACUGCCAUACAUGAUGAAAAAAUCAUGUUAGCUUUCUAUGGGUACAACCCUAUACAUGUUUAAACAAGAAAAGCCCUAAAUCUCCCUAAUAUUCCCCAGCCAGCACUAUUUAUUAAGAUAAUGUACAAAAAGGAGCCAGCAAUCGAAUCUUUAUUAAAACAGUAUAAAAUAAUAAUAAUAAUAAUAAUAAUAAUAAUAAUAAUAAUAAUAAUAAAAUAAACCAACAAUUAAGUAAAUUCAGCAGUGGUAAGCAAAACAGGCUCUAGCAACAAAACAUAGAAAUUUUUGAUGAACUUAAGUUGGUGUUUGUGUCAAAUUUCAGAACCACGAACUCUCUGAGAGAGAAUAGCCUUUACUGGGAGUUGGCAUGUCGGAAGGGGUGGAACUAAUUUACCCUAGGAGGGAACCUAGAGUCAUAGUGCCAAUGUUAUAUAAAAAAAGCCUUAUCCUGAGUAAUUCUACCGUGCACAUAUAUUUCAAACAGUGGGUGAAUGUGGAGUAGAUUUAUUAUUUUAUAUUGAGUACAUGUGUUUUUCACCUUUCUUCCAUUGUGGAAAUCAAAGAAGUGCACAUGGGAUUCCCAAGUAAUCUCCCAUAUAUAGACUCCUUUGGAAGCAGGCAUUCCUAGUUUCUCAAGAUUCAGGCUGUUAAGGCUUUAUAGGGCAACACAAGAACACUGAAAGCUAAACUGGGUGCCAGUACAGUUGUAUCUGGACGGGCAUGCAAUGUUUUCUUCACUCCCACUUUAGUUAACAUUUGAUGGCUUCAUUUUAGGCCAGCCGCAGUCCCACAAAGCAUGCUAGAGAAAUCUAGGCUGGAUGUAUCCAAGGCAGAAUAACUAAGCAUAGGUCGUUUUUGUCUAGAGAAGUAAUACCUAAGUCCCUAAAAUGCACUCUUGGCUUCUAUUGCCCAUCUGGGCAGUGCCAGCUCUAAGAAUAUAUCUAAGCUGGCAAUCUGAGCUUUCUGGGGGAGUACAAACUUAUCCAAAUCAGACUGUUUCCCUAUCCCAGAAUCAGGGUGUAUCUUAAUCAGCAAUAUUUCCCUGAUUCAGAACACUUAUUUGGAAGUUCUAAGGUCUUCCAAGGAUUGGGUGGAUGAUGCUACACUCUAAAUAUUCAGAUUACUCUGUAGUUUCGUAUAGUUCAAAAAGAAUAUUGAUGAAGUAGAAUGUGCCUAGAGGAGCAAGACAACAAACAUGAUGAGGAAUCUGGAGACCUCAUUCUAUGAGGGAGACUAUUAAGAGGUGAUAUAAUUGUCAUUUUUGAAGAUUUUGGAGACUGUUUUAUAGAUGACAGAAUAAAUUUAUUUUCCAUUGCCUAAAUGUUAGACCAAAACCAGUGGGUUCAAAUCACAAGAAAGAGGAUUCAACUAAUUAUUUGGCAGACCAUUCUGAUGGUAUGAGCUAUUUGACAAUCAUAUAGACGGCUUUGGAAGGAACUGGGCACUCCUUAGAGACUGUUAGGAAGAAACUAUGUAGUCAAACUUUGAGGAACUUCCAAUUCUGUGAGUCUGUGACAAGUGCUAUAAUCAGUGAGAUGGGUACGUGCAGCACCUUCCAAGACAAGAACCAUGGGAAAGGUCCUGCAGAAAUGUCCUAGGACGAUCUUCUGAGAUCUGUGCUCUUGGAAGGGCUGGCAACAGUAUAAAGCAGUGUGCCGUGCUCAUAUCCUGGUAUGUCAACUCAGAAGGAUAUCACAGUUGGUAGUACAGAAAUUCACCAAGAGUCCUAGAUGAACCCAUAGGAAUAAACCCUUCCUGACAGUUUUCAGCACAGGUGGCAUACAGUAGAGACCAAAGAGGCCAAUGUAUCCAAGAUUGGAUACAAUGCAACCUUCUAUUGUACCCUGUAUAAACGAGAAUGUACUGCUUUUCAGAAUAUACAAAAUGCAGACUUUGAAACUUGAGAUACAAUCUGUGGGAAAGCAAAGAAAAUCUAUGGCAACUUGUCUUUCUGAGCUUGUUGAUCGGUAAAAGUAACUUGAUUUGCAGUGAAUAUUUUGUAUUUCAGAUUGGAUCUGGAUAAUAUUGAGGGCUUCUUUAGAUGAAAAAAUAACCUGAAAGAUGUGCCAUUCCUUGCACAAAUGUGAAUGUAUAAUACGUAUUACAUAAUUUUUCAGAGAAUUUAAAAAUCUUGAUUCCUUCCUCUCAUCUUUCUUUCUUUUUCUUUUUAGUUUUCUUGAACUUUCAUUACUAUGCUUACCAUUCAGUUCCAUUAUUCAUUCCCCUGAAAAUAAAAGUUAUUGCUCAUCUGCUUCAUUUUUCUGGGAUUGCUACACUCACAUUUCACUCCAGCAAAAUAGGAUUAUUAUUUAUCUAAGAAAGUUACUUUGCUUUUCUGCUCUAAAAACAGAAUAGCUCAAAGCAUCUUACAAAAGUAUAAAAAUAUAAAAAUAAUAAUUAAUCACAAACACAGUUAAGAACAGCAGCAAUAAAACCCCAGAAAUAGCAGUCAGGAAAUGCAGUCAGUAGUCAAUAAGUAACAUCAAGGAAUACUUUCUGACAGAUCACUCAAACAGAUGGCCUAACUUCUUGGGGCAGGGAGUUCCAUGUAUGGGGUACUGCCACCAAUGAGAUAACCCAUGUGUGUUGCCAUCAAUGUACAUGAGAGCAGUGCAGCAGCUGAUUCCAAAAGUUGGGCAAGUUACAUAGAAGGAGACAGUUGUUUAAGUAGCUAGAUCCUAAUCCAUUUAAGGCAUUAAAGGCAAUAACCAGUGUUUUGAAUUGCACUGAGAAAUGAACUGGCAGUCAGUGCAGUCAGAGUCACAUAGUCCUAGUGCUUUUCCCCGGUCAAAACUCGACAUUUCUGAGUGUUUUUCAAGGGAAUCUCUAUGUAAAGCAUGCUAUAAUAGUCCAAUACUGAUGAAAGAUCACUCUCUAUCCCUGGAUAAUCUUUUCAAGCAGUUUUAUGUGGUUGUUAAAAAGCACAGAGGCAACAUUAAGGCUUCUGGAAAUUUAUAAGUCAAGGAAAUGAGCAAAAGUCCACCAACACCACUUUCUGAAACUACCUGCAAGAAAGGAAUAGAGCAGGCUGUUUCCCUGAACUCCAUCCCAACAUGGUGACCCAGAAAGGUAAAUAGUUGAAGCUGGCACCAAAAAUGCUGAGAAGUCCAGCAGAACCAACAUUACUUAUGCCUCAUCUUGCUUUCAGUGACAAUCAUCUGUUAGGGCAAAUAAGGCUGCCCUAAAAUCAGACCUGAAUCUGGAGCUGAGUAAAUUCAGACGAUCAGUCGUAUCCAUGAAUUCUUGAAAUUCACUUCACUAUGCACUCAAGCAUAUUACCCCAAAAUGAAGCAUAUUACAUUGGUCAAUAAUUAUUCUUAACGAUGACUAAUUUAACAGGGAAGAAGCUAUUGUCACUUGUUGGUAGAAUAAAAUAAACUUUCAUAUAAGGAAGCGUUGGCAGUUUUCACUACCCAGUCAGGCAGUCCAGAUCUGACUGCAAGCCAGCAUGGAUCACAUCACACAUAUGGAUGACUUCUAAUUUGAGAAUUUUGACCACAUUCCUGUAACACAAGCUGAAUGAAUGAGCCAGCUGUGGAAGAUAAAUUACUGGACUCUGUUAAUAUGAAGGCUUAAAUUGGAAUGCAUACCAACAUUUUUUUAUUUGCAAGGUGUCUUGCAAAGUGGCCGCUAUAGGCUAAUGAGCUAUCCUUCAGUUCCUAGUGACUUGUAUAUUUCGCCAAAGCAGGAGUUAACAUGGGGUGGUGUGAGGUGUCCUCUUGAAUUUUUUUAACACCCUUGAAAUCCUUUCAUGCCUGGAUUUCCAGAGCUGAGGGAAGAAGGUACUUGUUUCUUGCCUGAACUUUGUAGAUGAUUGAGAAAUAAUUGUAACAGGCAUCCAGUAAUCUUUUCUAAAGCCACUUAUGAUGAUUAAGAAAAAUAGAUUAGGUCCACCCUUCUUGCAAAGGUAUGGAAAUAUUUUCCUAAUCCUUAUAUGAAAGGAUUUCCCAGUGAACACUAAGCUUGACUCUACUUGCUAAUUUUGUUUGUCCAUGCAGAAAACAGGAUGCAAAGGAAUAUGUGUUAGGUAUAGCUCAAUAUGCCCACCCCUUUUUUAAAUGAAAAAGCUUACAGACUCUGUGCAUCAUCCAGCAACUAUUGGGGAGGGCUCCAUCACUGGUUUUCCAAGGGAUGCCUAGGUAUCAAGUGGCAAGGCUGCAUGUGUCUGAGGGUUUUCUGGUUUAGGGAAAUGCCUAUUCUGCCAUGUGCUGCAGUUUGGCAAAGCAUAAAUCCCACUCUUCUGUUCCCUUUGGAAUAACUUUCCAAAGCUUUAGCCAGUUUUGAUUCAGGUAGAAAAAGCAGCAUGCUUUGGCCUGGUGCUGAAUCCCGAUGAAGCCCCAUCAGUCACUUUAGGGUUACAGAUUACUCUUUGCUUCUGAAGAAGUCAUUUUGUGCAUUUUCAUUGGAAAGUCUUCUACAAGAAAGUUUUCUUAUGCCAGGUCAAAUCAUUAGUCUAUUUACUUAGCUCAGUGUACUGUUUGCAAUGCAUGGCAGUAACUCUGCAGGGACUCAGAUGAGUUUCCCUGUCCUACCUAGCAUACUGUGGCUUAUCCUAGGACCAUCUGCAUGCAGAGCAUGUGCUCUAUUACUAUGCUACAAGUGAAGGACAUGCUGUGCCACACCCUUCUUUCACCUCAGGCUCUUAGAGCGGUCAUAGGAGUAUCCCGUUCUCUAAGCAGCCUUACUUAUAUCAGUUGUGAGUGGCUAUAUAUGCAUAGAAUGAGUAGGUUGAAGUUAGAUUAAAGGAGGACAUUGUUCGUUCUUCCAUACUCAUUCUGUCCAUCCUCUGCCAUAAUUUGUUGUGAGUCUUCCUUUUUACUGCUGUUUUGAAUUUACUACCAAGCAUUGGACAUUGAAUUGUCUAUCUUGUUGGAUAGGAGUCAGAUUCUUCUACUGGCUAGAUGGUUGUUUUUAAUGUUGCUUUAUUAUUAAAGUUAGUUUGGUAUUUUCCAAAUGAUGGUGGUAAAAACAUGUAUCCAAUUAUGUCAGUACUGGCAGUGAUGCAUAAUUAAAAUUGGCUGCUUUCAGUUAAUGUGUACAGAUUUCUGACCAGAAGGCCAUGCAGUUUUCUAUAACUAGAAGACUUAAGUUUGAUGUAGUGGAAGGGCAUGUGAUUUGCUUGCAAGUCUGAGCUUCCCUAAAGUGGUAUAGAGGGAGUUACUGAGGACGGGUAGGACUCCUCCUUGGCACAUAGCUAUAAUGGUCAACUUGGCACUGCUAAAUUGCACUAGCUCUCUUGAUAGAUGCCAGUGGUGAAGGUCAGUGAGGUAAUUCCUUUUUUAUAGGUGUCCUCCUGCUUUGAGUUUCUGCCAAAAAAAAACCCCGUACUUCGGCUCUAUAUGGCUCUAAUAAUUUUCUUUUCAUUUCAAGUACUUCGCAAUAAGCUAAAAGAAUACCAUUAAUUUUCAUUCAUUGGAUAUAAAAAACUACACAAACAUGUUCAUGGGGCAUUUUACUAUCCAAAGCCAUCUUCUAAUUUGGGGACAUUAUGCAAGUGAUAGACUACAGCAAUAUCAUGGGAGGACUAUAUUAUAGCUCUACUUCUAUGUAAGCCUGUUCCUUAAUUUGAUUUCAUUAACGUAUACUGUACCAUUUCUGCAACAGUGCAGUUGAUUCCUUGGUGUCAGUUGCAAUCCUUUUAUUUGCUGUACCUUUUUGUCUUGCAGAAGAUGACAAAUUUGACUUGAAUUUUGAAAUCUGAUAGCUCUUUUUUUCCCUUUAAUUGUUUAAGUUUCUCUGAGAUACCCAGACUAUAGCUCUAUUACAAUUUUUUAAACCUUCACAUACAGUAUAAUUGUAGAUAACUAUGAAAUUACUAUGAAAAUGUAAAUAUCAUCUGCGUAUACCUCUGCUUUCUAUUUCAGAACAGGAAGCUGUAUCCCAUCCUGAAUUGAUCUCUGGGAAAUGGCCAGGCUCAUUCCAACUUUCCAACAGAUCACUAGCAAGCUACGUUUUUAAAUGUUCAACCUUUGUUAUAUCAGAAUCUUAGAAAAGGAAAGCUAAUCUUAAAGGCAUAUAAAACAGAUCAUAAUGGUAUCUAUCCCAGAAUACUUCGAAGGCAAGAAUGUCCUCCUUACUGGAGCUACUGGCUUCAUGGGAAAAGUUCUUUUGGAAAAGCUCCUAAGGUCCUGUCCAAAUGUAAAAGCAGUUUAUGUGUUGGUGAGACACAAAGCAGGGAAGACAUCUCAAGAACGAGUGGAAGAAAUGAUCAACUGCAAGCUCUUUGACAGAUUGAGAGAUGAACAACCAGAAUUUCAAGAAAAAAUUAUAGCAGUUGCUAGUGACCUUACAGAACCUGAAAUGGCCCUUAGUGAUGCAGACAAGGAGAUUCUCAUAGAAUACACUAACAUCAUAUUCCAUUGUGCUGCUACUAUAAGAUUCAAUGAAAUUCUAAGAGAUGCUGUUCAACUCAAUGUAAUUGCAACACAACAGUUGCUCUUCUUGGCUCAGAAAAUGAAGAAUCUAGAUGUGUUCGUCCAUGUUUCAACAGCAUUUGCCUAUUGCAAUCGAAAACACAUUGAGGAGGUUGUCUAUCCACCUCCUCUUGAUCCUAAGAAAUUGAUAGAUUCCUUAGAAUGGAUGGAUGAUGGUCUAGUGAAUGAUAUUACACCAAAACUAUUAGGAGACAGACCUAAUACUUACACAUAUACAAAAGCCUUAGCAGAAUAUAUUGUGCAGCAAGAAGGUGCAAAACUAAAUGUAGCCAUUAUAAGGCCAUCAAUUGUGGGUGCCAGUUGGAAGGAGCCUUUCCCUGGAUGGAUUGAUAACUUUAAUGGACCUAGUGGCCUUUUUAUUGCUGCAGGAAAAGGAAUCCUACGAACAAUGCGGGCUUCCAACAAUGCAGUUGCAGAUCUUAUUCCAGUAGAUGUGGUCAUCAACACAACAAUAGCUGCUGCUUGGUAUUCAGGAGUUAAUAGGUAUAGCAGGCCAAGAAAUAUUAUGGUAUACAACUGUACAACAGGUGGCACCAAUCCUUUCCAUUGGGGUGAAGUCGAAUGUUACCUAAAUUUGAUAUUCAAGAGGAAUCCUUUAGAACAAGCAAUAAGGCGUCCCAAUCUUAAACUCCAGUCCAACCCUCUUAUACAUCAUUAUUGGACUACAGUCGGUCACAUACUUCCUGCGUUGUUAUACGAUGUUGUUCUCAGGUUGACAGGUCAGAAACCGUGGAUGAUGAAAACAAUAACACGUCUCCACAAGGUUAUGAUGUUACUAGAGUACUUCACCAGUAAUUCUUGGGACUGGAAUACAGACAAUGUCAAUAUGCUUAUGAACCAGCUUGGUCCUGAAGACAAAAAGGCAUUUAAUUUUGAUGUCCGACAGUUACACUGGGCAGAAUAUAUGGAAAAUUACUGCAUGGGAACAAAGAAAUAUGUAUUAAAUGAGGAAAUGUCUGGUCUCCCAGCAGCUCGGAAACACUUGAACAAGCUAAGGAACAUACGUUAUGGUUUCAAUACUGUGCUUGUGAUCCUCAUCUGGCGCAUUUUCAUUGCAAGAUCACAAAUGGCAAGAAACAUCUGGUAUUUUGUCGUUAGCCUGUGUUACAAGUUUCUCUCUUACUUCAGAGCAUCCAGCACGAUGCGAUACUGAAGAUGACAGUUCUAGCAUUAGGACAUCUAUGCAUAUGGUGGUCUAAUGGCACAAAGCCGUAUAAUGUACUUACUCAUCUUGUCUUUUGUAAAAACACACAAUAUUAGAUCUGGAUUGUGAAAUACAGUACAUGUGAUGCUUUAUUGUGUAUUUCUGUGGAGAUUUUAUGGCUGGUACUGGAUCAACCUGUCAUUAGGCAAAUAUGUAAGUUAAAUAUCUCAACAGAUGUUAGUAUCUCUGUGAGGAAAAAACUUUGGCCACUGACCAAUGUAACUGUGCAAUUCUGGAAUGCAUUGAAUUAAAAUCUGCCUUAACAUAGUAAACUUAAUUUUUAUUGCAAAUGAGUACAUUUAGUUAAGGUGAAGAAAUGAUUGGCUUAGAUGAUAAAUUUAUUUAUUUGAGACUUUAAAUUACAGUGGUUUGUCUGGUUAAUCUUAUGAGAGAUGUCUUGUAAAUGAUUGUUAAGCAUUUGUUAGCUUAUUCUUCUCACCUCCUUUCGAGUGACUCUAAGGAUGUGGUGAAGAUUACUAAAAGAAAUUAACCAUCCUAGCUGUUUUUGGUCUACUUUUGUAAAUACACCUACCAGUCCUCAUCAGCCCGUAGAAAUUGAAUUGGCCACAAUAAGAUGUAUGUGCAGUAUCAGUAUAAGUACUGAAUCCCCCUCUCCCACUGCUUUGUAAAACUCCCAGAAUUGAAAAGACAGGGCUCCUUCAAGGGGAAAACCAAAGCUAGUAUGCCGUAUUUAUAUUCCCAAGGUUUUUUGAAUGAUGUACUUGGACAAGGAAAGAAUUAUCUUUCUUAGAUACAGAGAAAGGAGACAUAUCUUUACAGUUUACUAGAAUUCUCCCAGAAUAAAAGAAGAUAUCAAGUACUUUGAAAAGCAAGAUUCAGAGCUUAACCCUCUAGGAGAUUCUGCAUCUUUCCUAUCUUAUCUACAGAAAUAUUAAAUUGAAUUCACAAACACUUUUAAAGCUGUCAACAUAUUUAUGAUAGAGAAAAUUCAAUGGUUUGGGGAAUAGAAAUACAAGUAAGCAAAUGAAAAUAUGAAAUAGCUUCUACUUGAGUAAAUGUGUUUUUCUGGCUGUUUAAUAUAUUUUAGCAGGGAAAAUGCAUUUGCAAGAGUUCUUACUAAAAUAUUUGAAUUAUAUAAACUUGCCCAUUAAUUUUCAGUUCAUAAAGUUCUGUACUAAUAUUAAUGUUCUUUUUAUUUGAUAUAAUCCACCGUAUCUGUGUAGUGUGGUGGUAAAAUGCUUAACUUCUAUUGUACAUGUUUUUAUAAAUAUGCCUGAGAAAUUGUGAAAGAAUCCUGAAGGAAUCAGACAAGUGUUAUACACAAGGCACACAUGUCCUUUACUUAUAACUCCACAAGCAAACCUUGUUUUGAUGUUGUGGAAAUAUUCCAUGCAAGUGUGGAUCUAAUUUUGAAGAGAGAGAUCUAGCUAAAGCUUAAAUGUCUCACAUGCUUAAAUAUAAUGGUGUUUCUAAAAAAAAAAUUGUACAUAAUCUUUCCAUAGAUACAAAAUGUAAUAUGGUCAAGGACCGCACCAAUUAGAGGUGUGUGAGACUGCUGUGGAAAUGGAGAAAAUACAAUAAAUUGUGGCUUGUGUGAUUUAAGGUUUUACAUUUGGCUGCAAAAUCCCUACUAUAUUUGUUACAGCUGCUCCCCAUCCUCAUUAGACUUGAACAUUUACCUAGUAUUUUGGUAAAUGGUAGUUUUAUUUGGAUUUUGCACAAGAUGCCUGGACCCCAACCAGCCACCCUAGUGUGUAUGUGUGUAUGUGUGAUUAAACAUGGUGAGAGAGGUGCUUAGAUGUAUUCAUUUUUCUCACCAUUCCUUGUUUUGAUAGAACAAAUUAUUGCUAACUCUUUAAACUAAUGCAGCUGAAACCAUGAUGUCACUGUCCACAAUUCUGCUUAAAGGAAUUUUUGAUUAAUUGAUGGGAUUAUCUAGCUUGCCACAUUAGAGACCCUAUAUGUCCAGUAUGAUUGCUAUUUUGAAUUCUUGGAAUUUUAGUUCUAGUUCAAUGGCUGCCUAGUUGUUCUUACAUGAAGAAGUAUCAUCAUGCUGUGCCACAAGAAUAUUUUUCACAUUCCACACAAAUCUGGAUGUUCAAAGGCACUUUCUCAUAUCUAGAUCUUACACGUUGCUGUUCAAGUAACAUUGCAGUUUCAUUGUUCAGUCUUUUUAAUUUAAGUCCAUAAUUUUGGACAUGAAUAUGAAUCAUUUCAUUGAUUUUAAUAUGCUGUCAAAUCUGAAGUGAGGUGUAUUCAGAAGCAGAUCACUCACAGGUGUACCAGAAUUGAAAAUUUGGGGCCAUCAGAAGAACAUUACUCUCCAGCUGAGUUUUCUGUUGUAGGAACAGAUUCUGAAAACAAAAUUUUAAAUCAUAAGCUUUUAUAAAAUAGAAAUAUUGGGUGCCUUUGUUUGUAAACCAAAAAUAAAAACAAAUCCUGAAUAUGAUGUUUGUUCAAUUUAUCAAGUUGUUUAAGUUGUGUAGAAAUGUUAACUGAAAAUAUGUGCUUUGAAAUAGGAAAUUAACAAAGCCUUUUUCUACAUUAUUAAGCGUGUUAAUGCAAUGUGAUACACACUUUCCAAGUUGAAGAAUAUAUAGAAAUAGCAUGUCAUUUCUAAUUCUUAGGCUUGAAAUUUUACUCACCUUUAAAUACUAUUUUUACCCAUCUUAAAGUAAUGAUAUAGGUGGUUCAAAAUCUUGAGCCAAUGGAAGAAGUUAAUCAGCAGUGCUACAUUGUUGCCUUACUCCACAACAGGGCAAUCCUCUCUAUGUUUGAGUUCAGUAGAUCUUACUCCAAGUAUAUGUACAUAAGAUUUUUUAUCACUGUUCUCACAUUUUGCAACUUUAAAAAGUUAAUGAAAUAUACUCCAUUGGAUGAAUUAGCCAUGACUUCUGUGCAUAAGUGACAACUGUACUUUGCAUGAGGAUCAUAAAUACUGCUCAGCUUGUAAGUCUUGUACUACAGGGCUUGGAAAAAUACAAUGUGAAAUAACUUUCUCAUAGAUACUUUGAGAAUAAUACUCAGUGUUAACAUUGCUACAAAAGUUCUACACUUUGUUUUGAAGUGAAAUAAUUCCAUUUUCAUUCAUUUAAGGUUUUAUUCAUGUAUUUCUCUCCAUUGUCUAAUUACCCUGCCCAUAAUUUAUGCUGGUUUUAAAAAGCUACAGUGAUUUAGAACUAUGAAAUUUGACCACCCAAAUUGAGAGUGUGACAAAGUAGCUAAUAAUGGAACAGAUAACUAAUCUGCAUAUCUUGAGUAUGUGAUCUUGAACAUGUGCCUUGAAAUGAACCAUAUAGGUGAUGAAAAGGAGGGAAUUUUUCCCUGUCCAUCAGUCAAAGAGGCCUAUCAUUAAUAAAAAAGAUGCCAAAGCAUUUUUAAAGCAAACUGAACAAAUUUGGCAGCCUGCAAUUUGAGUAUUCCUCUGUGUGAGUUAUUUUGAGCUACUAAAUAACCUCUCCUCUGUUCAAUUAAGUAAUACUUUACACAAGUGUUUCUGUAGUGUUCACAUUUACUUGGAAAUCAUUCCCUUUUAAUGCUAUGGGAAUUCUUCCAGAGCAAACAUGCAAGAUUGUACUACUGCUGUAAGGAUUAUAUAGCAAAGUUACUGAUUUUCCAAAAUUCAUUGUUAUUUACUACAUUGACAAAGUAUGCCAGUGCUGUUGUAACUUACUUUCAUUUUUGAAGCAGUAGGUUUGCCUUUUCAGUUAUCUAAAAUAUGUGAAUGUUUCAUAUCUUAGAAAGAUUUCAGUGUAGUUUGAGUAAUAUUUGUGAAUAUUUUCCUUUAUCCUUUCAUUUGUACUUAAGAUAGCCUACCUUGACAUAGGCUAUACUAUUUAAUUGGGGAUUUAAUUGGGCUACCAUAGAAAAACUUCCUGAAACAAAACUGGAAUAGUUUUCAAUAUUGCACUUUAAUUUGUAGAUGUGCCACGCUAUUCUGUGAGGGAAGGAAGCAUGAGUGGGACAUUCUGUCUCCACCCUAAAUUUCUCUUAUAAAAGGUGAGAUGCUUGAAUUUUGCUUUCUGUAUUAUAGCUGAUGUGAGGUUCAGAAUGAAUGGUCAGUCUAGCAGCUUUCCCUCUUUUUCACUGAAUUACAAAUUGAUGUACAAUUCAUCUGGAUACCUUACACCUAUCGAAUAGUUCAAAAAUAAUGCAACUGGAAAUUUGUGGACUUGCUUCUGAACACUAGAGGAUAUUGCAAUGUAUUAACAAUGAUAUGAAAACAUCAGUAAUAUAGAUGAUUGGAAGUGACCAACAGAAAAUUCUUUUUAAAAGGACACCUGGUUGUUAAGGGCCUGACAGCCUAAUCUCUGUGCCAGAAAAACAGUCAUUUCUAGAAAAGAGGAACACAUUUAGAACAAUUGCACAACACCUUGGUUGGGUUCACACAUCACAACAAGCAACCCUGAGUCAUUUCCAUGCUGUGCUGUUUUUUGCCUGGAUGUUCCUGACAAGUGGUUUCUACACUAGCGUGAUUUCUUCCUGCUGCUGGCACAUAUCCCAUCAGCCUGAAAUUCAGUCCCACAUUGGAUGACUGCAGCAGCUGUCAUUCUUUCCCAGGAACUCUGUGCUAGCUGCAUACUAGGACCAUAGAAACCAUGAGAGACCACAGUGAAGUUUGGAAACUGGGUUCAGACAACAGACCAUCCUGCACAAAAAGCCAUGAGAGCUUGUCAUGCAGUGUGACCCCAACCCUUGCACAGGGCAGCAGAGCAACAGAUCAGGGAAUCUGACAGAGGUACUGUCAAAGGAGUGCCUGAAAUUCAACCAGAUCUUGGGCUAGUGGCCUAAUACUACUACCAUUAUACAAGUAUAUUGGCACCAGUGUAAAUAUUUCUCCACCACGAAUUGUUUUUUUUUUGUUUUUUUGUUUGCUUUUUGCUAAAAAGUUGUCAGUGCAUUUUGUUCUUUUGUAAAACAUUAGAUGGCCCCAGGGUACAUGCCAAAUGGUUUAUACCCAAGGACAUAGCCUGCUUCACCAAGUUUUGCCCUAUUUAGCUGCAUUCUUAAUUCCUUGAUAUAAUCAACUUUUUGCAUUGUAUUCUAUCAAAUUGCAAUUAAAAUCUGUUGGCUAUUUGUAAACUGUGAUUUAUCUACAUGAUGCAUAGCAACUAUUGAAAUGCAAGCCUCAAAAUUAAACACUGAUACAAUUCUUUGUUA